AUGGCAGAGUUGAAUAGUAACGUCGAAAGCGAGGGUUCGUUCGGCUCGCUCAAGGAUACUUCAAAAUCUGACUCUAAUAAAGAGGAUCAACUCGAGGUCGAUCUCGAGGUCGAUCUCGAAGAUGAAUUGGACGAAAAGGUGGAAACCAAGAACCCUUUUGUCAACCCGGUAGUUGCGGAAUACUACCGAAAUGUCUACGAUAAGACCAAAUACGAGUGCAGAAAGCAGUUUGAUCCUUCAUUUACAUGGACUAAAAGAGAGGAGAAGAAACUUGUGAGCAAACUCGAUAUGAAAGUGACACUUUUAGCCUGCUUCAUGUUUGUUGCAUUGCAGAUUGACAGAGGUAAUCUUGGUCAGGCAGUCUCUGAUAAUAUGCUCGACGAUUUGAAUAUGACUACCGACAACUUCAAUACUGGUGUGACUAUCUUUUACCUCUGCUUUCUCUUUGCAGAACUCCCUUCCCAACUUAUUUCUAAAAGGGUCGGCUGUGAUGUAUGGAUUCCUACCCAGAUGUGUCUCUGGUCAGUUGUCAGCAUUUUCCAGUGUAAGGUGACCGGCAAGGGAGGUUUCUAUGCCACUCGUGCUCUCUUAGGCCUUCUAGAAGGAGGAUUUUUACCAGAUUUGAUUUUGUUUCUUUCGUAUUUCUAUCCUAGUUCUGAGAUGUCGAUCAGAUUAUCGUGGUUUUGGGCAACAUUAUCCCUAACACAGAUUAUUUCUUCCCUAUUGGCAUACGGUAUUUUCCAUAUUGAAGGUACAAGUUUGCCUGGAUGGGCGUGGCUAUUCCUUAUCGAAGGUUGCUUUACACUUAUCAUUGGUAUCAGUGGAUUCUUUUUGAUGCCUCCCUCUGCUGUUCAGACUAAAAGACCUUGGAACAAGAAAGGAUGGUUUACAGACAGAGAGGAGAAGAUUUGUGUCAAUAGAAUUUUAAGAGAUGAUCCGAGUAAGGGAAAUAUGCACAAUAGACAAGGACUCUCAUUAAAGAUGUUGGCCAGCUCUAUGAGUGAUUACUAUCUAUGGCCAGUGUAUUUCAUUGGCUUAAUUGCAUUCAUUCCUAUCGAUACAUUAGAUACAUAUAUGACCCUUUUGCUAAGAAGUAUGGGCUAUUCAACUUUCAACGUCAAUUUGUUGAUGAUACCGUACUACUUUCUUCAAGGCUCAUCUCUUUUGUUGACCACGUUGUUAAGUGAGAAGCUUGGCAGUAUUUUUAAUGUGUGCCUAUUGCAGCCACUUUGGGGAGUGCCUUUACUUGGCGUUUUGAGAUGGUGGGUAGGAUCAUUCAAAGAAAAGUGGGCUACCUACGCCAUAUUAUUGCUUAUUCUUUGCGAACCAUACAUACACGCUAUUAUGGUUUCUACCUGUUCUCGUAACUCUCAAAGUGUGAAGACUAGAACUGUGUCUGCCUCUUUAUACAACAUGUUUGUUCAGGCUGGCUCGAUUAUUGGUGCAAACAUUUACAGAACAAAUGAUCAGCCAUAUUACUUGAAGGGUAAUACAGCUCUUUUUGCUCUAGCGGUGCUCAUGAUUCCUUUGCUAAUUGGAACUAAAUUAUUCUACGUUUAUACGAACAGAAAAAGAGAGAAAAUAUGGAGUUCCAUGACAUAUGAAGAGCGUGAUGAAUAUAUAAAGACAACCAAGGACGAAGGUUCUCGUAGGCUUAACUUCAGGUUUUCCCACUAA